CGUGACUCCGAAUACCUGUCAUUUCGAACCAAAUAAUUAAUAAUUAACUUUUCGUUCCAAAAAGUGUGUAAAAAUGCAUAAACGCGGCCAAGUGAACAAAAAAUCGCUCGAAGAGGAGCAGCAAGCGAUUGGGGCGAUCUACAAGCAGUAUAUUGACACUUUCCAGGAGCAUUCAGACAUCCCGAGGAAAGCCUUCGUCAAGUCGGAUACUCUGUACGCCGAGGGAAAAGAAAAUUCGGAAAAGGGCCAAUUGUACAACCCCAAACCAAUCAUUAAACUGAAGAAGGAACCAACGAAUGCUCAUCAGCAAAUUUCGUUUAAUAUCAAUAAACGCGCCAAGAAAAAAUCAAAUCUGAAAGCCCUCGGAGACGAACUCAAGAUGUUGCAGCACGAACGCCAAGUCAAAGAGAUUAAAUUGGUGGUGCCUAAGUUGGAACCUCCACCGUUGGUGACUCAUGAAAGUGAAUACACGAAUUCGACCAAUCUUUUUGUGUCGAAUUUGAAUCCGCAAGUGACUGAGAAUCACCUCAUUCAGCUCUUUGGGACCUACGGGCCCUUGGCCAGUGUUAAGAUUAUGUGGCCUCGUAACGAGACGAGUUCGAGAAGUGCGAACUGCGGUUUUGUGGCUUUUAUGAGCCGUUCGGACGCCGAACGCGCAAUGAACGGAUUAAAAAACCACGAAGAAAUGAGAAUCAAUUGGGGCAAAUCAGUCAAAAUCCCCUCGUAUCCCGUCCACAUCCCCCCUGAACUGUACAAACUGUAUUCACCUCCACCUCCUUCGGGAUUACCCUUUAACGCGCAAACGAACGUCGCGAAGAGUGAAUUGAAAGACUUGACGCAAACCGUGGUCAAAGUCACGAUACCCUUCGACCGAAACCUUCUAAUGAUCAUCCACCGAAUGAUCGAGUUUGUGAUAAGGGAAGGGCCGGAGUUUGAAGCCUUGAUAAUGGACAUGGAGUCGGGGAAUCCCGAAUUUAAAUUCCUGUCAGAUUUUCAAGACCCAGCCCACACCUACUACCGCUGGAAGUUGUAUUCGAUGUUGAACGGUGACCCGAAAAAUUCCUGGUCGAUGAAACCGUUCCGAAUGUAUGAGAACGGAUCAGUUUGGAUCCCUCCGACUGCGCCGAAUUAUCGCGAAGGCAUGCCUCCAGAAUUGAUCAAAAACCCCAAAACUGAAGCGAAUUUGUCCGAAUCGCAAACGGCGCGUUUGGUUUCUUUGAUCAAACAUUUGACGACGAGUAAAAGCUCGGUUUCCGAAGCCAUGGUGUUCUGUGUGAGCCACUCGAACGCUUUAGGUGAUGUCUUGCAAGUUUUGGUCGACUCGUUCAAAAAUGUGGCCACGAAUCCGGUGAAAAAACUCGCCCGACUUUACUUACUGACCGAUGUUUUGUAUAAUUGCAAAGUGAGGCGGAUUCGUUAUUGCGAGGAAUUCACUCCGGAAGUUUGCACGGAAAUUUUUAACCAGCUCCACAGCACUUACAAGGAAUUACAUCACGCACAGGAUAAAGUCUGUUUUAAAAUUAAAGUUUUUGUCGUGUUGAGGGCUUGGCUGUUUCAUCGCUUUUACGACACCAAGUUUGUCACAAAACUGGAAAAUGUGCUCUUGACCGGAAACGAAAACGGCGAAGAUGAUUCGUUUCAUGAUGAACCACUGGAUGGUGCGAAUUUGUUGAAAAGGUCGUACCAUACGGCCACGACUGAUUGUUUGAUUGUUGAGAAAAAGAAACAGUUUGUCGAUAUGUUUAAUUAAGGAAAACUUGUUUGUUGGUUGAUUAAAUGUGUUCUUACCUGGC